GGCAAUACAAUGCAAAUUGUGGAACGCCAUAAAAUCUCAACGAAGAAGAAGCAGAGCACCAUCAUUUCCGCAAACAUUUAAAUUGCUGGUAUUAGCUGUCGAAAUCACUGAGGUAUAAUAAGAACCUUACAUAUUUUUUUGAGAUUCAUGAAUCUUUUAAGAACUGUUAGCUUGCAGCAAUGUUGAUUAACGAGGCUUUUCAGAGACAAUUAUCUACCAUUGUCGAGGUAUUAGUUGCAGCGGCAGUUGCGGAGAUGGGCAGACUCCUCGAUGAGUGCUCUGCUGCUGUUAUGCCUCUAAAGUUGGUCCAGCAGAAUGAGGAAAGUAUUUUGCUGAAGAGUAGGCUUCAACGUGUGAACAAAACCAAGACAAGACAAUUUUCAUCAUUCAUGAUGAUGUUGGGUAAAACAUCAUUGGAAAAAAUGGCCAUUAAGGUGAUCAUGGUCGAAAGGGAGAAGACUGCCACAGGCAUGAGCGCCCAGAGGCGUGUCAGUCGGGCAAGGGGGACAGAGGAAGGAGCACCGAGAGGGGACAGUCUUCAUUUCCACAACUACUGCACUGACCCUGUCUCUGAGAGUGCUCAUCAAGAGGAGGAUGACUUUAACCCCCAGACCUCACCUGCCUCAGAGACACAAGAUGACCAGAGAAACACGGAGCCAAACUCAGGCAGGAAUGGAGAAGAUGCCCAGUGUGGAGGGGAAUCUAUUGGAGAUGUGGUAUUGCUCUCUGAAUUUGAUCAUCAAGAGGUAGUUCACCUUAAUCCCCAGCUCUCACCUUCAUCAGACCCAGAGAAACAAGACAGACAGCCCUCAAACACGGAGCCAAACCCAGGCAGGAUUGGAGAAGAUGUCCAGAAUGGUGAUUCUUCAAAUACAGACCAAAAUUCAGAUGCAAGUGAUGCCAGAGCAGUGAAGGUGCCCUUCAUUUGCGACUUUUGUGGAAAGUAUUUCAAUUGGAGAUGCACUUUUAAAGCCCACCGUAAUCAUCACACCAAACCCUUUAGCUGCCCACAGUGUGGGAAAGGUUUUGGUACGAAGAAUGGGUGUAAUAAUCAUCUCUUGGUUGUGCAUUCUACAGACAAGCCCUUCAAAUGCACAGAUUGUAGGAAGAAGUUUGCUUUGAGAAAAGCUUUCGUCAAACAUAGGGUUCUCAAUCCAACUCUGCACACCUGCACAACAUGUGUGAAAUCGUUCUGUGGGGAACGUACGCUAAAACGGCACAACUUCAGUGAUCACCCGGAAAAGGCAUACAUCUGCUCUUUGUGUCCAAAAACCUUUCGAUCAUGGCCAAUAUGGAAGCGUCAUAAGGCAGAGCACUCGGAGAAGAAGUAUUGCUGUGAAACCUGUGGCAAGCUUUUCUGUUCAUUUUCAUCCUUAUCUUGUCAUCAGAGAACAAUUCAUAGAUGUCAUUAGAAAAGGCCAUGUUAGUCUAGAAAAAGCUUUUGCAUGUCGUGUAUGUGAGAAAUGUUUCAUUUGCACGCACUCUGAGAUCAUCUGACCAUCCAUACCGGAGUAAAACAUUUUAGUCUUUCAACCAGUCUUAAAGAUCAUAUGACUACAUACUGGAGAGAAACCUUUUGUCUGUGGUUUAUGCGGUAAGAGUUACUGUCGGGAAAGCCAGCUCAAAGCACAUGCUCUUGCCCAUACCAGAGAGAAACCAUUAGUCUGUGAUGUAUGCGGCAAGCGUUUCCAUCUCCCACGCUCUUUUGAAAGACAUAAAACCACCCACACUGGACAAAAGCCUGUCUGUAAUUCAUGUGGCAAAUGCUUCAGGGGUGCAAGUGCUCUCAAACGUCAUAUGGCCAUCAUCCAUACCAGGCAAAGAGACCACCGGUACGCCUGUGAUGUUUGUGGCAAACAUCUCCCUGAUGCAGCUAGGCUCAAAUGGCAUAUGUUCAGUAACGCAGGCAAUCUCAAAAGACACAAGCUGUCUCACACAGGGCAGAAAUUGUAUGUUUGUAAUACUUGUGGUAAAGGUUUUACCCGUUCAACAACCCUUAAGAUACAUCAACGCAGUCACACUGGUGAAAAGCCUUACUUGUGUGAUAUUUGUGGGCAAGGCUUCACCUCGCAUGCCUACGUCAAGAAACACAAGAUGAUUCACCUGCCAUCUCAACGUCAUUCAAGACCGCAGAACACUGGGCCAAAGUCACAUGUCUGCAGCUACUGUGGUAAAGGCUUCUGUUACAGAUCUGUGUUGGAUCAGCACAUGCGCACUCACAUAGGAGAAAAAACAUUCAACUGUCUCAUUUGUGGGAAAUGUUACAUGUUUAAGGCUACUCUUGAAAUACACAUGCGCAGUCACAUGGGAGAGGCCAUUCAAAUGUCGCAAUUGUGGGAAAGGGUUCAUGUGUAAGAAUACUCUUGUAAUACACAUGCAUACUCACACAGGGGAGAGACCAUAUGCUUGUAAUGAAUGUGGCAAGAGUUUCUCCCAGAGUAGUCAUGUAGUAUCUCACCAGCGUGUGCACACUGGUGUCAAAGCAUUUGUGUGCAAAAAAUGUGGGAAUGCCUAUGCCUGUAGCCGAAAUCUGAAAGUUCAUAAGUGCAAGUUCAACCAGAAAACAGUCCAUGGACAGAAUGUACAGGAUCACUGAAGAAAACUGCUCACAUGAUCACUCUGCAUAAUAGGAUUGGCUUACUUCAUAGAUGUUCAGUUUCAUAUGAUGGAGGAAAGACUUGGGUAUACCUUUUUAAAACCUCUUAGAUGUUCUGGUACCGCUUCUUACCGUCAUGAUCACUUCUAAAUCGAUCUGUGGACACCGUAGAUCUUAAUGGCUUGCAUUGAGCGAUAGCCCUGGUUCCCACGGACGCAGUAGUAUUUUCUGAACCUGUGACGUAGGAUGUGAAAUCUGAAAGGACUUAAAGCUGGCAUGUUUUUCCUACCAUUUCAUUAGCUCGUCUAAUUGUCCUGUCUGAGUCCCACAUCGCAGCCAUUGACAAAGCACGUGGCUGCAAUCAUUACAUCGUAAUGCCGCAGGAGAGAGUGGUUUCGUCAGGGUAGCAGAGAUCGAUUUAUAGCAAUUAAUCUAAAAAAAUUCACAUUUUUAAAUACACUUUCUGUUUGUCAUCGAUGGACAAGCUAGAGCUCUGAGACGUUCACAGCGAUGGGGGCAGACAUUUUGAUCAAGAGACCUUAAGAAAAUAUUCACAUUUUCUGUAACUAAACAUACAAAUAUAUAUUUUAGUUAUAUGGAAUGUGAAAUCUUAGUUGUAUUUGAUUUUGUUAUAUUUAGAAAGUGUAUAUAAGCCAUUUCAAGACUUAUUCAUACAGUUUUGUUGAAUUGGAAAUGCAUAAAAUAUUUCAUUUUCUUAGGAAGAAAUUAAUUUGUUCAAAACUGUUACAUUUUCUUUCUCUGAGUCAACUACUCAACACAUUUAAUGCAGUUCUAGCUAGCUGUAGCUUAUGCUUUCAGUACUAUAUUAAUUAUCUGAUCCUUUGAUUGGGUGGAGAGCAUGUCAGUUCAGGCUGCAAGAGCUCUGAUAGGUUGGAGGACGUCCUCUGGAAGUUGUCAUAAUUACUGUAAGUUUAUGGAAGGGGGUGAGAACCAUGAGCCUCCUAGGAUUUGUAUUGAAAUCAAUGUACUCUGAGGAGGACGGAAGCUAGCUGUCCUCCGGCUACACAAUGGUGCUACCCUACAGAGUGCUGUUGAGGCUAAUGUAGACCUUAUUUCCAAAAGUGUUUUAAUCAAUUACUUUAUAUUUAGUAUUAGUUUUAUCUAAGAAGGGUAACUGUUUAAGUGUUUUAGCAUUUGUAUGAAAUUCACUGGGGAUAUGUCUCCUCUUCCUCCUCUGAGGCGCCUCCACUGUUUAAGACAGGCCUUUUCAAGGCUCUCUUGAGUCCUAAUUGUAUUAUUUUCUGAUGUUUUGGGGGUAUGAUGAAAAAUGUAUUUUUUUGCAGCAGCACUGUGCAAAAGAUAAGAUCAACACCUGGUUAAAUUAAGGGAUAUAUUUCUUAAUUUUCGUUUGAAACGAAUACACAGAAGAAAAUUAAACAUCUUUGGUAUUUAAGUGUUGAUCCCAUGUUUCAAUGGCAGAAAUAAAAGAUCCUAGACAUUUUC